AUGUUCGACUUCGACCAGCUGGAUGAGACUCUGCCCGUGGCCAAGCCGCCUGCCACGACCUCCGCAGCUAAGCCACCGGUCCCUGCUAUCCCUGUCGCAGCGCCGGUGGGAGGGCCGCCGUCUUUGGAGUCCUUGAUGGUGGAUGAGGGAUCAGUGUCAGAAGAGGAGGCUUCUGCUUCCCCUGCAGUCGCAUGGCCUCCACCGGAGACGCCGAAGACAGCUUUGCAGUCCACGGAGGCAACGCGCAAUGGAGCUUCAGGUCUUCUCCCAUCACCGCCGCCGCUGCACGUCGCGCCCGCGCCAGCGGCACGGCACAGCGGUGCUCGGCCACGGCUGCGAGUGCCCACAGUGCCGGCGGUGCGAGGGUCCUCAGUGCCUGGGAACGAGGAGCUGUUCAUGUGGAUGGCGCAGAAGUGCUACUUGAAACAAGACAUGUUUCUGCUGGGCGACCCAGGGCCACAUCUGCGCAACGUGGCCUUGCAGUUCGCGGCUCGAACGGGACGAGAGGUGGAAUACAUCGGCAUCACGCGAGACACGACGGAAGCAGAUUUGAAGCAGCGUCGCGAGAUCUGCGAUGGAGAGCUUCAGUUCCACAACGCCCCAGCGGUCGAAGCGGCCCUCAGAGGGCGGCUGCUGAUUUUGGAAGGCGUCCAGAAAGCGGAGCGAAACGUCUUGCCCUUGCUGAACAACUUGUUGGAAAACCGUGAGAUGUCACUGGAAGACGGCAGUUUUCUCAUGGCACCGGGUCGAGAGAAGGAGAUUCGAGAAGCGGCGCAAGGGGGAAGGCGCUUGUUGCCGGUGUCGAAGAACUUCCUGGUCAUCGCCCUCGGCCUACCGGUGCCGCCCUACCCGGGCACGGCCCUGGAUCCGCCGCUGCGCUCGCGCUUCGCGGCGAAGCGCGUGCCGGGAGACGUGGCGGCGAGCGCGGUGGAGAAGGGACGUGCACGAACGGAGCUGCUGAAGAGGCUCACAGCCGUGGUGGCGCUAUGGAGAUCGGAGCAGAAGGAGCAGAUUCGAUUGCCGCGGUUUCCGGAGUUCGGACUGCUUUCGGUGAUGAAGCUGCUGAAGCUUUUUCCAGCCUUACCUGAGGCCACAGCGCUUCAUAGCGCCUUCCCUUGGAAUCUGCUGCCGCUGAGCGCCGCCCAGCGCACCGGGGUCCAAGCCACCGGCGACUGCAGCGCGCUCUGCCCCUGUGGCGCAACUGGCCCGGCAGGUGGACACGCUGCGGUGCUGGCGCGGCUGGCGCCGGUGCAGCGGGCGGUGCUGGGGCAGAUGCUGCGAGAUCAUGCGGCAGGAAUGGACCUCUGCCUGGUGGGUGAGAGGGGCGUGGGCAAGACCGCCUUAAGCCGUGCCUUCGCGGAAGUCUUGGGCUAUCGCACUUACACGGUGUUCUGCUUCAAGGACAUGACUGCCCGGGACCUGACGCUGCGGCGCAGCACCGACGAGCGGGGCAACACCACCUGGCAGCCCUCGCCGCUGAUCCAGGCGGCUUUGGAGGGUGGCUUGGCUGUGCUGGACGGCGUGCAUCGGCUGCCGGGCGGUGCCUUGGCGGGCGCGGUGGGGCGGCUGCUGACGGACCGGGAAGGCGCGCUACCGGAUGGCACUCGCCUGGUGCCCCAGGAGCAGUGGGAUCAAUGGUUGGAGCGUGGCUGGUCAACUGCUGCACUGUGCGCCGAAGGCUUCCGCCCGGUGCAUCCCGCCUUCCGCGUGGUGGCCACCGCCGAGCCGGCCACCGCAAACGGAUCCGGUGGGGACGCGCGGUGCUGGUUGGAGGAGGAGCUCUUGACCUUGUUCCACUUCACCGAGGUGAAGCCGCUGCCCGCGGCGCAGCAGGUGAAGCUGGCGGCACAACUCUGCGGCCUGUCGGCGGAGCACAAGGUGCUGAACGGCCUGAUGGCAUAUGGCAAGGCCUUGCGCGCUGCAGCCAAGUCAGACGUGUCUUUGCAGCCCUUGGUGCUCUCCCUGCGUCAGCUGCUUCACCUGGCCCGCCGCCUCAGUGCCUCGACUGCCAGCUCCUCCGUCGAGGCGGAGGUGGUAAAGGCGGCGCUGUCGGGCUACGUGCACUUCCUGCCGCCCUUGUCGAAGCAGGCAGUGCUUCGAAUGAUGCGAGAGGCCAUGGCAGGUGUGGGCGUGAAGGUGAACCUGGAAGACGCUGAGGAGUUGAAGGAGGCGCAGCGGAAGGCGCAGCUGGCUGAAGAGCGCGGCGAGCGCUUGAAGGCCUUGGAGGAGCCCGCCAUUGGCCUGCGCUUCAUGCCGAACCCCUCGGCCACACGGCACAUCGACGAGGAGACGCAGAAGCUCCGGGACGAGGCGCACACUGAGCGGCGCCAGAAGCACGAGGCCCUACUGCGCACCGCGCGGAACGCGGCGGCCGGCGCUGCAGCGGGGCAGCGGGGCGCGCUGAAGGUGGAGGUGACUGAUGCGGAGGUGCGCCUCGGCAACGUGAGCUGCAAGAGAGGUCGUCCGCAGAGACCGGAGCUGGUGCCUUCCACACUCUUCGUUGACAUCCCGCAGCACGUGGCCAUGUUGCGCACGAUGCUCAUUGACUGGUUGCUGCAGCGACACCUCUUGCUCAUCGGAAAUCAAGGAGUGGGCAAGAACAAGUUGGCGGAUCGCUUUCUGAGCAUGUUGCGCCUGGAGCGGGAAUAUUUGCAGUUGCAUCGUGACACCUCUGUCCAGUCCUUGACCUGCCAACCCGUGCUUCAAGACGGGAAAGUGGUCUAUCAAGAUUCACCCUUGGUCUCUGCAGUGCGCUAUGGUCGAGUGCUGGUCAUCGAUGAAGCAGACAAGGCGCCUUUGGAAGUGGUGUGCAUCUUGAAGAGCUUGGCGGAGGAUGGUGAGUUCUCCUUGGCCGAUGGCCGGACCAUCAUGAAGCCAGAGCACUUGUCCCGCGAGGUGGAGUCGAACGACUGCGUGUUGCCCAUUGCUGCGGGCUUCCGGAUGAUCGUGCUGGCCAACCGGCCGGGCUAUCCGUUUUUGGGCAACGACUUCUACCGCGAGUGCGGAGACGUCUUCGCUUCUCACGCCAUCGACAACCCGGACGUUCCCUCGGAAGUGGAACUUCUGCGGAGUUAUGGACCCUCAGUGCCACAGGAGCAGCUCGUACGCUUGCUGGGGCUUUUUGCGGAGCUGCGACGCCUGGUGGAGGAGGGCAUGCUGUCCUACCCCUACUCCACGCGCGAGCUGGUGAAGAUCGUCCGACAUCUCGAGAACUUCCCGGAUGAUCCAGUGGAAGAGGUCUUCGGCGACGUCUUCGAAUUCGAUUGGCACGAUUCCAAGCUGCGGGAGACGUUGGCGGGCGUGCUGCAUGGCUGCGGCUUCGAGUUCAACCCCACCGCCAAGCCGGUGAAGCAUGGAGACGCACAGAAGCGCUUGCCCAAGGACUUCAAGUCUGCCAAGCACUAUGACUCGGGAGAGAAUGCGGAGAAUGACGGGGAAGGCUUUGACCCUGGAGAUGUGGGCACGCGAGACUAUGACGAUGCCACCGACCAGUCCGGCAAGCGGCACGCGCCCCGCGCGGGCAACUGGGAUGGGCGACAGCACAUUGGCGAAGGCCCUUGGGAUGGCGGCUCCGGUGGAACUGGAACAGCGGGCAUCGGUGGCCGUGCAGGGCCUUACCGCCUGGAUGUAGGGCAAGAGCUGGUGAUGCUCACUGAGGAGCAGAAGAAGGAAGUGUCGGAGGAGUGGCAUAAGAAGGCGCAGCAGAUGGCUGAUGAGGCCUAUGCACAUCGGCUGAAGGAGCUGAAGAUGAGCGCCCAUGAUGAGACAGAGUACCGACGCUUGCGCGAGGCGGUGGAGGCACAAAUCGCAGCCUUUCGGCUGGUGCUUGAAAGCCAUGAGGCGAAGGAACGCGAACGAAGCUGGCAGAAGCAACAGGUGCAGGGCGAGCUCGACGAGAUGCGCCUCGUCGACGGCCUGGUUGGCGCGCGGAACAUCUACCGCCGCCGGGGGGAGGCCGACAGGUCCAGUGGAGAUCAGCUCUUGCCCAAACGCAUCAAGUUCGUGAUGGACUGCAGCGGCUCCAUGUACACCUUCAACCGCAUCGAUCAGCGACUCCAGCGGCUCAUGGAGGCUUCGAUCUUCAUCUUCGAAAGCUUCCAAGGCUUUGAACAGAAGUAUCAGUACUCCAUGGUGGGGCACAGCGGCAGCGGCCCGGAGGCGGAGAAUCUGGUGUCCUGGGGCAAGCCGCCCCGCAGCGCCCAGGAGCAGCUGGCGAUCGUGAAGCAGAUGGCCGCCCAUGCGCAGUACUCGCACAGUGGCGAUCACACGUUGCAAGCGACGGAUCGGGCCAUCAAGGAUGUGGUUCGCACGCCUGCGGACGAGUACUACGUCUUCGUGGUGAGUGAUGCCGAUUUGGGGAGAUAUGGCAUUGCGCCUAGUGCUUGGAACAAGAUCUUGAUGCAGGAUAAGCGCGUGAAUGCCUACGUGAUCCUCAUCAGCUCCAACACCGACGAGGCCGAGACCUUCAAAUCCGGUCUGACGCCAGGACAUGGUUUUGUGUGUGACCACAACGACUUGUUGGCCUUGACCUUCAAGCAGGUCUUCUCCGUGACGAUGCUCCGCAACCGCACCUGA